AGAAUUCAGCCCCGUGAAUCCCAGGCCUGGAUGGUGGGGCUGGGCUGGGGUUCCCACCGUCUCCUCCGCCUCAGCCAGAACCGUCUGGUCCCUGCCCCCGGGUAGGGACCCCUUCUUCUGGCGGGGAGUGGGAGCCUCUUGCACUCUUUUGGGCAGCUCCGGACCCUAGGGAUCUCCAUUUACAGUUCACGACCUCAGCUGCACUUUGGCGCUAUCGCCUGCCGGGUUUCCCAGGACUGUCAAUGGCAGGAUACCAGCUUUGGUCACCAUGGACCCCACUGGACGAGAGCUUCCAAUGGCUGCGGCACACAACACCUACACCUUCCUCCAAGCACCCCUUUAGGGCCUCCCCCUGCUUCCCACACACACCAUCUGACCUAGAAGUGCAGCUGUGCUUUCAAGAGGUCACUCUAGUCCUAGACAGUCUGGAAUCUGGAUUGAGUCCCAAGUUACCCUGCCACACAUCAGAGUUGCGAAACAUGAACAACAAAGGACUGGUCAGGAAGCCCCAGCCCAUACGCCUCAGUGGAGUAGAUUCUGUCUUUGGCAGGGUUAUCACAGCUCAGCCACCAAAGUGGACUGGGACUUUCAGAGUUUCAGACAAGUCAGCCUUUUGUAAAAUCAUUAGCAGGGAGCACCAGUGGCCCAUUGGACUUAAGGAACCUCAAAUUCAGAUGACAGUGACUAUGUGCAAACAGAUGCUGCGCUCUAUCCUCUUGCUGUAUGCAACUUACAAAAAGUGUACCUUUGCCUUGCAGCACUCCAAGUAAAGGGUCCUCAUUUGAUCCCCAUUUCUUCAUACCAUGCCCUUUGUGCCUUGGUAACUGAUUGUCAAGGAAAAGCAGUAUAUACUAAUUUCUCUCCACACUUCCCACAUACUCACCAAGCAAAAAGCCCAUGAAAAAUCUGCAGCAGCCUCUGAUAGCAGGAAGACAUUAUGUGGUACUCUGGAACUUUCACUCCUGGUCCAUCAACUACAUCAUGGUUCUCAGCAGCUAAGCACUAAAAAUUAAAAUGAUUUUAGGA